GGCCUGCUGCACCCCGUGUUGACGAAUAUGUGUGAAUGCGUGUGUGUGAGUGUCCUCAAGGUCUUGUGGAUGGAUUGUGGGAAGCAUUGAUACGAUAGAUAUACAUAUACACACCGCAUACCACAUCACGUCACACCACGUCAAACACCUCUUUUUGCUGCUACUUCGCAGCGGCACUGACACGACAGACAGCACAAGCAUUAUACCAAUAGUAUCUAUGCAAUGCAAUGCAGCCAGGGCCUAAUCAAUCGAUGCAGACAACAACACGACAGCCAAUUCAGCCGCGAGCAAGCCUUCUUUUGUGCGUAUGUAUGUGUGCACGUGUGAAGCAUUACAACAUGUCGUUCGUCGGCAGCAGCGAUCGAAAAAGCAGAGAAGGGGAGGGAAGAGAGAGAGAAAAAGCCAUUCUUACGGGAGAGAGGAAGCGGACGUACAUAGGGAGGGAUGGCCAUUGCAUGCAUACAGAGUGGACUGUGUGGAUAAACAAUGGCUUUUGUCACGGGAUGGGCACAAAGGGAGACACACACGUGUACUGAUACAUACGCACUUACACAGACAAACGGCCGAUGGCAUAUAUAUGUAUAUAUGGACAUAUGCACAUGUGUACGUAUGUACGUAUACACAUACUACGAGCACUGCGAACACGUCGCGAAGGAAUCGAUCGAUCGAUCGAUCAACGCAUGGCAUAAAAUGACGCCUAAAACUCUCGGACAUACACACAACCAGCACGAUACACAAUACAGCAUGAGCGCCCCCAGCCGGCCUGCCUUCAUCUCUCUAUAUGUGCACCAAUAUUAUAGAAUGACCGACCGACCGACCGAUGAAAUUCCCGUCUCAAACACAGCCCACGAAAAGCGGUGAGAAAAAUUACCAAACACACACACACACAGGAAGAGAGGGAGGGCUCAGGGGAAAAGGAAAAUGCACCUGCACACAAAUGCAUGCGUGUGGAUGUGUGUCUAUGUGUGUGUGCGUGUGCCUGGACAUGUGUGUUUUGUGUGUGUGUGCUCGCCUGAAAAGAGACACGUCGAUCGCUCGCAGUCACCCGCUCGUGUCGGCUGCAGAGAAAUACACAAAUGCACACAUCCAUCCAUUCACUCACCCACCAACGUGUGUGUGUAUGUGUGUGUGUACGCGUGCACUGUGACGUCCCGAAUGUGUCUCCCUUUCUGGCCCAUGAUAAAACCUCAGGCAAUAAAGACGCGUGCCUGUAAUAUGGGCACGCACAGAUCACGCCGAUGCACGUCUCUGUGUCUGUGUGUGUGGUGGCGACGUAUGUACUUUUGCGCAGCGGCUCUGGUCUGGAGGUAGCAAGUGCCCGUGUGGAAUUCGUGGUAGAAGAAGGCGCACUCCUCCACUGAUGUGCCGCCACCCACUGGCACACCUGCACCAUACGCACACACACACACAGACAUCCAUCUGUCUGACUGCGUGGGUGUGGUGUGGGUUUGUGCUCACCAGUGCUGCAUAUCUCCUGGCAGAUCUUGGCUGAGAGCGACCAGGCGACCGCACGGCCCUGCACACACAUACACAUACACGUGUGUGUUGAUGGGUGGCUCGAUGGAUGUGUGUGAUGGCGGGUUGGAGGUAUGCGCACCUACCAUGAUCUGUUUGGUCACCGGAUGCCAGCCAUAGGUGUGUUUGAGCGCCGCCCCGUCACCAUUCGCCAAGGACGCCUUGCCGAAAUACCUGUCACGUCAACCGAUUGCACACACACAGAGACAUAUAUGAAAUGCAAUGCACCUGUGUUGUUUGUUCCCUCACCCGGCCAGUUGAAUGCCCACCCCCUUCAUCCACUCUUUGCACCGAAUCUGUCAACACACACACACAGACACAGACACACACACACACAGAGUGAGAGGAAGAGAGAGAGAUGGCUACCUACACAUACGGGUGUCUGCGUACCACGCGUGUAGACUGCAGUAUUGGCUUGAGCAAUGUCGGCGCGGGCAAAGGCAAUGUGGGCGAUGGCCUGCACUCACCAAUACAAAUAUCUGUGUGUGUGUGCGUGACGUGAGUGUCCAUCCACCUGUUCUUUACGGGUGGCCUAUCGUUGGUUUCUGUGUCCUGCUGACGGGAUCUCCUAUCGUCGCCACCAUCAUCCUUGGCUCCAUCAGGCGCCUGAGACGCACCCAUCCAUACACACGAAUAGACAGACACGCGUAUGCAUUGUGACAUUUUCCCUCUCCCUCCCUCCCUCCCUCCUUGCGUACGCACCUGUUUCUCGGUGUCUUGCCGCUGCUUGGGUGUAUCGGCUGACCCCUUCGCUUUCCCUGGUGCUUCCUGUUUGGCCUUAGCUGUGGUGGCCGGGGAGAUCUCCACCCUCACCGACGCAUUUGGGGUACCACCCUCUGGUGGUGCUGCUGCCGCCGAUGUCUUCUCGUCUGGUUGCUCCUCCGUUGGUGUCAAUGUGUCACCAUUCUCCGCUGCCUCUAGGGAUGACGGUGGUGGUGUGGCCACCUGCUGCUUUGUUGCUGUCGCUGCUGAUGCUGCUGCUGCUGCUGAUGCCGCUGGUGGUUCUUCUUCUGACUCGUCCCCUUGUGGCAGUGGUGGCAGGGUCUCCAAGACUCCUGCGCUGACAUACUCUUGGUCGACGUCUCUCUCUCUCUCCCUCUCCCUUUCCCUCUUCCUCUGCGGCCGCCUGUGGCCCACCCUCACUCUCGCCCCUGGCUUGAGCGACACCACAGGCGAUGCCAUCACUAUCGCCUCGCCACCGCCAUCAGUAUCGCCACCAACAUCACCAUUGCCACCAGCUGAGCGCAGCAAUGACGACGACGGUGGCCGGCCCUGUGUGCCGGCGACCUCAGACGGGAGUGGGGGCGGCACGACGUAUCUGAUGCGGUGCUGGUGGUCUUUGUCGCUGUCUGUGGGAGGGGGUGAGGUGGCGAGGCAGACAGAGGGGAGGGAGAGGGGCCCGAGGAGGGAGAGGAGAAGGGCGAGGAGCAGAAGGCAUGGACGACCUCGCCCAGGCGCCAUCUUGUUCUGUACUAUUAUUUCGGACGCUGCUUAGCAGUCGAAGUGGUUUCAAAGUCGGUCAUGCGUGUUGUGUGUCUGAGUCCCAUACAGUACCCAUACAAUACUACCCCCCACAAGUGGGCCACAACAGCCCGUCUGCUCCCCAAUGCACCGAGGGAUGUCUCUUGAAAAACAACCACCACUCGGUCAACGGAAGGCCAGCCAGGAUGAGGAAAGCGGCAUCAUGGCAAACACACACGUCGCAUGCAAUGCACCUCGGGCAGAAGAAAGGAAGACACUCUCUGCCAACAAUCGACGGAUGUCUGUCACAAAACAAACACCACAAAACAAAACAAAACAAACAAAACAAACGUCGCCACCACAGACAUCAUGCGUGCAGGCAAACAGGGAAAGACACCCACAGGCAAAGGCAAGAACCCGCACAAUCAUCUAACAUGCGCCACCCACCCAGCCGGUGCAGCCACCCACCC